UAAAGCACGCAUGCGCAAUCCGCCGUUACAUCACUCACGUGGAAGACAUUUUGUGCGCAGUGCGAACAGUUUCUCGAUUUUUCUAGAUCUCCGGCGGAAGAAAAGAAGCAUAGGAAGCCAAAAUGUUGUCGGCGGCAAGAUUCACAGCAUCUCAGCUAACUCUUCAGUCCAAGAACUGGACACUUCUACUUCAGAAUAGAGGAUUUUCGCACGCAACAAAGAGGGUACCAUGGAACAGAGUGCUGUCAGACUCCAUCACAACACAGUCCAAGAGACAUGCCUCAGACGGCGUGAAAGGGGCAGUGAUCGGCAUCGACUUAGGUACGACCAACUCCUGCGUGGCCGUGAUGGAAGGGAAGGCCGCCAAGGUCCUGGAGAACGCGGAGGGCUCCAGAACGACACCGUCUGUCGUCGCCUUCACGCCCGAGGGGGAGAGACUCGUCGGCAUGCCCGCAAAGCGCCAAGCAGUCACCAACCCACAAGCCACGUUUUACGCUACCAAGCGUCUGAUUGGACGGAAGUUUGAGGACAAGGAGACACAGAAGGACAUGAAGACCGUGUCAUUUGACAUAGUGAAGGCAUCCAACGGGGAUGCCUGGGUCCAGGCACACGGCAAGAUGUACUCACCCAGUCAGAUUGGAGCAUUCACGCUCAUGAAGAUGAAAGAAACUGCUGAGAGCUACCUGGGUACCUCAGUGAAGAAUGCUGUCAUUACCGUGCCAGCCUACUUUAACGACUCACAGAGACAGGCAACCAAGGACGCAGGACAGAUCGCAGGGUUGAACGUCCUGAGAGUCAUCAACGAGCCAACCGCAGCUGCUCUGGCGUAUGGCAUGGACAAGACAGAGGACAAGAUCAUUGCGGUGUAUGACUUGGGAGGCGGAACCUUUGAUGUCUCCGUACUGGAGGUACAGAAGGGCGUGUUUGAGGUCAAGUCCACUAACGGAGACACCCUGCUGGGAGGGGAGGACUUCGACAACACUCUGUUGAACUACCUGGUCAAGGAGUUUAAGAGAGAGCAAGGCAUUGACCUGACGAAGGACAACAUGGCUCUGCAGAGGUUGAGGGAAGCAGCGGAGAAGGCCAAGAUCGAGCUCUCAUCUUCCCUACAGACAGACAUCAACCUCCCCUACUUGACAAUGGACCAGUCUGGUCCAAAGCACAUGAACAUGAAGUUGACGCGUGCCCAGUUUGAGAACCUCGUGGGUGACAUCAUCAAGCGCACCGUGCAGCCGUGUGUCAAGGCCAUUCAGGACGCAGAGGUCAACAAAUCUGACAUCGGGGAGGUCCUCCUGGUCGGAGGCAUGACCCGCAUGCCAAAGGUCCAGUCCACAGUACAGGAGGUGUUUGGUCGCGCCCCCAGCAAGGCGGUGAAUCCUGACGAAGCGGUGGCCAUCGGAGCGGCCAUCCAGGGCGGUGUGUUGGCGGGAGAUGUGACGGACGUGCUGCUGCUGGACGUCACGCCGCUGUCUCUCGGGAUCGAGACGCUGGGCGGAGUCUUCACUAAACUCAUCAACAGGAACACUACCAUCCCAACCAAGAAGGGACAGGUGUUCUCCACAGCUGCUGAUGGCCAGACGCAGGUGGAGAUUAAGGUUUACCAGGGCGAGCGUGAGAUGGCCGCCAACAACAAGCUGCUGGGCCAGUUCCAGCUGGUCGGGAUCCCGCCCGCACCACGGGGAGUCCCGCAGAUCGAGGUGACCUUUGACAUUGACGCCAACGGCAUCGUGAACGUGUCCGCCCGAGACAAGGGAACUGGCAAGGAACAACAGAUUGUUAUCCAGUCCAGUGGAGGUUUGAGCAAGGAUGACAUUGAGAACAUGGUCAAACAAGCCGAGAAGUUUGCGGAGGAGGACAAGAAGAAGAAGGAAGAAGUGGAGGCAGUGAACCAGGCUGAGAACAUCAUCCACGACACAGAAGCCAAGAUGGAGGAGUUUAAGGAGCAGCUGCCACAGGACGAGUGUGACAAGUUGAAGGAGGAGAUCUCCAGGGUUCGUGACCUGCUGGCCAGGAAAGACGAGGUGGCGGCAGAUGACAUCAGACAGGCCUCCUCACAGAUGCAGCAGGCUUCCCUCAAACUCUUCGAGAUGGCGUACAAAAAGAUGGCAGCUGAGAAGGAAGGUGGACAGCAACAGGACCAGCAGCAACAGCAGCAAGAAACAGCAGACAGCGAUAAGGAUAAGAAAGAGGAUAAGAACUAGGCAGAUUCUAGGUUGUUAAGGUUAUACAUUUAUUGAAAGUGAUCAUGUCUAUAGUUUAUGUGGAGAGACGUAUGCUGGCAGAACUAUACAAAAUGUAUUGCUCUUUAAAACAAAUACAAGGUUACUACCAUACUGUAUAUGGCUAUAAUGGGGGGGGGGUGUUCUUUACAACCUAGUAGUGGUAAUUGUGAGCUGUAUAUGUGUGACUAACUUGAAAAUGGUGAUAUACAGGUUGUUCAAUUACAAGGCAGAGAACUUAGAGAAAUCACCUGUUUUGUCCCUUUGAGUAGCUUCCAUCUAACUAUUUUUAUGUGUGAAAUCUGAAAAAAAAUGAUCCAUAGACAAAUGUAGGUUAUGUAAGAUGUCUUUUAGUUGAGGGAAAUAAGGAGGGAUUUCUUGUCAAAAUUUGUACAGAUUUGGCUUUAAGUGUGUAGCUCAUGACAUAACUCAUGUAUUCUCAACAUUGUAGUUCAAAGUAAAUCUGAUGUACUGGUAUGUGGUUUUCAGAAGUCAAUUCCUUGACUGUGUAACACGUCUACCACAGUUAGAGAUAUGGAGAAUAAUUACAUCUGGAAAUGUACAAAAUGUACUGUGACAAAAUGUACUGUGGUAAAACAAAUGUGAUUCUGGUAUGCAUACACACUGUAGAUGUGGCAUUUUUCACCUUUAAGUUGCCUGUGGAAGAGCACCUAUUUGGUGCAGUACCAUACAUUUAGCUUUAAAAAAAGGCAGUUGGCCCAACUUCUGAACUUAAAACAAAAUUAUUACUCCAGAAAAAAUAUAAAAUCGGCCACUUGGAAGAGAUUGCCUAUAAGAUGGGGCAAAUAGGAUCAGGAGUUGAAGAUGAAGAAGUUAGGAAAAAUAAAAUUUGAUGCAGGUUUUCUGCUAAUAAUAAUCCUAAUACUAGAAAAUGUAGCAUUUGCCUAUAGUUUUUCUAUUACAUGUAGGUCGGAAAUUUACCAUUCCAAGUACAUCUGUGGCCUCUAUUUCCCCUGUCUACAGUUGAUGUCGUCUGUACAGUUAUGUAGAAUAUACAUGUACAUGUUUUGUUGAUUUUGAUGGAGUCCUUUUGGUAGUAAAUGUGAAACCUUU